GAUCCAACGUACCUGUGUCCUGUAAGUGGUGAAUGUUCACCUGGUGACCUCACCUCACACCAAAAAGUUCACCCAGGGGAAAAACUGUUUUUUUGUUCUGAAUGUGGAAAAUCUUUUGCCCAGAAAGCCCAUCUCGUUGCUCAUCAGAGCACUCACACGGGGGUGAAGCCAUAUGCAUGUUCCGAAUGUGGGAAAUGUUUUGCCAAGAGGUGGAAUCUUACCACACAUGAGAGAAUUCACUCAGGUGAGAAUCCAUAUUCAUGUUUGGAAUGUGGAAAAUGUUUCUCUCAAAAGCAGCAACUCACUCGACACCAGAGAACUCACUUAGCCGAGAAGCCGUAUCCUUGCCUCGUGUGCGGGAAAUGCUUUUCCCAAAGAGACCACGUUACAUCCCAUCAGAUGAGCCACACAGGGGAGAAGCCAUUCUCGUGUUCAGAAUGCGGCAAAUGUUUUACCUGGAGGACCAGUCUUGUUGAACAUAAGAGAACCCACACGGGGGAGAAGCCAUAUUCAUGUUUAGAAUGUGGAAAAUUACUUAUUAAACACUAUAGAGCUCACACAGGAGAAAAGCCCUUUUCGUGUUCGGAAUGCGGAAGGUGUUUUUCCCAAAUGGAACAUCUGAACUCGCAUCAGAGGACUCACACUGGGGAGAAGCCUUUUUCAUGCUCGGAAUGCGGUAAACAUUUUGCCCAGAAAGGGCAUCUUAACUUUCAUCAGAGGACUCAUACUGGGGAAAAGCCUUAUUUAUGUUCCGAAUGUGGGAGGUGCUUUUCAUCUAAGUACUUACUUAGUAUUCACCAGAGAGCUCACACUGGAGAGAAACCUUACUUGUGUUCAGAUUGUGGGAAGCAAUAUGCUAAAAGAUCAAAUCUCGAUAGACACAAGACAACUCAUGCAGGGAACCAUUUCUUGGUUCCAGAUGUUAUGAGUGCUUUUCUCAAAAGUCAUCUGCUGUUCCUGCUCUUGUGUAUCAAAGGUUUCACACCGGUGACACCUCAUGCAGAGUAA